AACUGGUUAUAUUCAGCGCCGACUUAUCAAAGCCAUGGAGUCAGUGAUGGUCACAUACGACGGCACUGUCCGUAACUCUAACGGUCAGGUCAUUCAAUUGCGUUACGGAGAGGACGGCUUGGAUGGCACAGCCGUUGAGAUGCAAAACUUGCCAACACUUAAGCCAAAUGAUAAGGCGUUUAGGGAUAGGUUUAGAUUCGAUGCCAACAAUGAACGCUAUCUCCGAAAGAUUUUCACCGAAGAGGUUGUUAGGGAUGUAUUGGGCAACAGUUCGUCGCUCUCUGAGUUGGAACUAGAAUGGGAUCGUUUGAAAGCUGAUCGCGAGAUAUUGCGGACAAUAUUCCCGACGGGAGACUCGAAAGUAGUGCUUCCGUGUAAUCUAAACCGCAUGAUAUGGAACGCACAGAAGAUCUUUCACGUGAACCUCAGGGGACAGACAGACCUCUCGCCCCUCAAAGUGAUGGAUGGAGUCGAAGCACUGGUCAAGAGAUUGACAAUAGUGCCCGGCGAAGACCGACUGUCAGUUCAGGCCAAUCAAAACGCUACCCUAUUAUUCCGAGCGCUUUUGAGGUCAACGCUAUGCACCCGAAAAAUCACAGAACAGGACCGGCUCUCCAGCGAAGCCUUUGAUUGGCUGAUCGGUGAGAUUGAGACCCGUUUCCAACAAUCACAGGUACAACCGGGAGAAAUGGUCGGCGCUUUGGCCGCCCAAUCCCUCGGAGAACCGGCCACUCAAAUGACACUCAAUACUUUCCAUUACGCCGGUGUGUCCGCUAAGAACGUCACUUUAGGCGUUCCGCGAUUGAAGGAAAUUAUUAACAUUUCAAAGUCACCAAAGACUCCAUCACUGACUGUCUUCCUGACGGGUGCGGCGGCCAGAGAUGCGGAGAAGGCUAAGGAUGUGUUGUGCCGUUUAGAGCACACGACUCUGCGUAAAGUGACGGCCAAUACUGCCAUAUACUACGAUCCCGACCCUCUCAACAGCGUUAUUGUUGAGGAUCAGGAGUUUGUGAACGUUUACUACGAAAUGCCAGACUUUGACACCUCUCGCAUCAGUCCAUGGCUUCUACGCAUAGAAUUGGACCGAAAAAGGAUGACAGACAAGAAGCUGACGAUGGAAGCCAUCGCAGAGAAGAUUAACGCCGGCUUUGGAGACGACUUGAACUGUAUCUUCAACGACGACAACGCGGAGAGACUUAUCCUUCGAAUCCGUAUUAUGAACUCAGAGGAGAAGAUGGAAGACGAAGAACAGGUCGAUAAGAUGGAGGACGACGUCUUCCUCAGAUGUAUUGAGGCGUCAAUGCUCUCAGAUAUUACUCUUCAGGGAAUCGAAGCCAUAGUGAAAGUGUAUAUGCAUUUGCCGACUACUGAUAACAAGAAACGUAUUAUAAUCACUGAUACGGGAGAAUACAAAGCCAUAGCCGAGUGGUUACUCGAGACCGACGGAACAGCGCUAAUGCGUGUGCUUUCGGAACGGGAUGUGGAUCCCGCCCGGACCUACUCUAACGAUAUCUGCGAGAUAUUUUCAACCCUUGGCAUCGAAGCCGUCCGCAAAGCUAUUGAAAAGGAGAUGAAUCACGUGAUUAGUUUUGAC